AUGCCUUCUCGACGACAUCAACAGCCUCAGCUGCAGGUCCCAGUCCCUCCAACCUUCCCCCUCUCAUCACCCAUCAGCGAGGAAAUCUCGAGUCCAUCGUGUUCAUCCGCAGAGGAUAGAGAUCUAGAGCGUACCCGGCCAUUCGACUUCCUCGUCAAGGCGACGAAACACAAACUCGAGUCGAAGUCAGGAAAGGAUGGGAAUCGUUCGCCAAACUUGUCUCAUCGAGAUCGACAUGACCAUCACAGACGACACAGUAUUCGGGGUAUCACGAAGAAAAAGAAGAAUGUCGCGAAACCCGUCGGAUUGAAUUUGGUUACGGACUUUUCACUCGCGGCGCCGCCAACGAAACAAGCUGAUGAUGGGCCCGCGCCGUUUGUCGAUUUGAAUGAUCUCAAAUUGCUGUCCAAGGACCGGGCGAAGGAACGAACUGGGCAGAUCAAGGGCUCGACGGGAACUAUUGAUGAUACCUCUGUGAUUACGAAUUCGUCGAAUAUCUCCAGGAAGAGAGCAUCCUUUCAUCAGCUUCCCGAGGAAACUAGCCGCAUACAAAGCGAGACUGGGAAUCCAUUUCUGGAUCCGAAACUCGAGAAUCCGUUUAGUGAUAGAUUCGAUCAUGGUCUCUCCCCUUCUGAUCGACAUGUCAUGAUUGGUCUGUCUGUGCCUCGCAACGAGUCCUCGCAUCAUACGAGGGACAUAGACAGUGCUGGUACACCACUUACACCUUCUAUCGUUGUGACGCCCGCCCGCGAAGAUGCCCCCUGGUCGACAUCUAGUCCGGAAGGUCUACGGCCCCGCGCAACAUCAAGUAUCUAUUCACAACCCACGCCUCGACUGUGGCAGAAUGGUCCGGAUAUCCCGCCAGUACCGGCUAUACCAGCUGAGCAUUCAACAAAGAAAACGGGCGAGUCGGAUUUCCUGAGUGCCCAUUUCGCGGCUAUGACUCGCAAACGUCGGUCCAUGUCUGUGGAGACUCUUAUUGAGGACGACGGUGCGGAUCACGGACAUGUGCAUGAAUCUCUGGAUGAUAAUGAUCAGGCUCCCUUGACGAGACUCAGUGUCAACACCCAGGCGACUAGACCCGAAUCCCAGGGUUGGUGGACGUAUCUUCUUUCGCCGCUUCUGGGGAAGAAGUCUCCUCUCAGUCCGUCGUUUCCUCGGAGUACAGCCCCCAGCGCGCCAAUCAAUGGCGAGAGGAAAAAAAAAAGUCUAGAGCAGUCUCGCUCCCUGGCAGUCAACGAGGAGCCGGUCUCCUCGGCCAAGAGGCAAACCACUACAUCGAUGAUAUUCGGUGGACGAGCUAUCCAGGGCGAAGCAGCGGAGUAUUAUCAAGCCAGUGCCCACGAAUUAUGGAGCAAAACAAAAACACCCUAUUUCGAGUGCUACAAUCAUAUCUGCUCCAUCACGCCGGAGUCCGUUGUAGCGGCGAUCUACGCUGCGCAGUUUCAGGCUGAUCAAGGGGAAACUCGGGAUCGGGGGUUGAUCUUUGCUGAGGCACAGUUACAGCAGAAGGAUCGCAGUUUGCCUGUACCUUCUGGUGGGAAUAAGGGUCUUCUUAUUGAUGUUGACUCGCCGACGGAAGAGGGUGCAAGGGGUAUUGAGCAUGACAAAGAGAUACAUUCACCUGCGUCGACUAGUUCCUCGGAUUCUUGGUCUUCGAGUAUCACUGAUGAGAAUGAGGUCCGGCAUGAGAAAACCUUGUCUGGGCCACCACAGCAGACGACUAGAGGAGUCGUUCCUGAUGCUCCGGCUGCGCAACCGGUUCAACCUCCCCCUGCUGCAGUGCGUGUUCAUGAGCCUGCUCCUGUUCCUACAGCUUUUAUGCCUGAGCCUCCACCUCCAGGUCCAAUUCCAGUUGCUCCUGCGGUCAUGCCUGAGCCACCACCACCCCCAGUACCGGCACCUGCGCCGGCGCUGGCGCCAGCUCCUCAGAUUAUCAACACUAUUUCACCGCCGACGAAUAACAUUCACUAUAUGCAGCCGCCUAUCACGAUGCCACCUGAACCUGCUCCGAUAGAGAGGGCAGCUCCGCAAUAUGGCUCUGCUUUCCCUCCUAUGAACGAGCCCCCACCCCCAGCGCAAAUGCCUCAAGAACAACCACGAGCAAUGAACGAGUGGCCCUUUGUACCUCCUCCUGCUGCUGCACAAAAUCCAACACACGAGGAGUCAACUAGAGCUGCGCCGGUCCCUGUACCUGUGGCACCACUUCCAAUCUCUGAGCAUCCGCAGGAGAAUCAUGUACCACCACCGAAUCCAAAUCAGAAUGAGCCAAUAUCACCUGCAUUUCAACGGGCAGCAGGAGGACCCGGUGCAAUUCCAAUGAGCUCAAUGAAUGAAGUACAAGCUCCGGCUCCGGCAUACGGUCAACACACCCGAGACGAAGCAGCUCUGCCUCCACGAUAUGCACUUCAUCCAGCCCCUGGAGCAGCAAUUAUGAAUCCCACCGGUGAAAGGGGACCAGGAGAAGCCCGUCGUCAGAGACUAGAACGGGAGGAUGCAAUUGGCAGAAAGGUUGGUGGAUUCUGGCGCGGACGGGCCUGUUUCAGCAAAAAGGGUUGCUUUGGACGUCCAGGACGUGAAGGUCGGACUAAACGCCGCUGGUACUUUUGUAUUUGCAUGUUCUUCUUGAUCAUCGUGAUUCUGGCUCUUGUGCUAGCACUCACGUUGACCAGAAAGGGUGACACAACUCCAGUCCAGUCGCAGUGGCUCAAUCUAACGGGGUACCCACCCAUGCCAACGGGUAUCUCUACAGUUGCCGGUGCAGAGCCUCAGCUCGAGAGGUCGAGCUGUAUCAAGCCCUCCUCCUUAUGGAGCUGCGCCCUUCCCAAGGGUCAGCAGUCCGAUAACAAGCCCUACGCCGCAGACGAGCCCAACUUCCGUCUUGAAAUCCGCUUCCGCAACGGGACAUACAACCACAGCACAGUCCCAAUCUCAAGCAAAACCCGUCGAGGUACCAAUUCCUGGGAUCCAUCACCCUCGCCACCAAGCAUCGCAGACCAAACAUUCCUAGGCAACACAACAGACGGGAACUCCCUCCCCUAUGCGGGCGAAGAAACACCCUUCUACCUGACCAUCCUCUCACCCGUCAAAAUCACAUCGUCCUCGCUCUCCCGCCGCUCCUCAAGCAACGACACAACAACCUUCCCAAACCUAACAGCCGUCAUCCCCGCCCCGUCCGAGAACUCGGACGGCACAGCCGCAGCCGCAACACUCUACCCACUCCCCGAAUCGCAACCCGUCCGCCUCUACAACCGCGGCAAAGACAACGAACACUACGGAUUCUACACGUACUUUGACAAAUCAAUCUUCCUCGCCUCCCGCGCCCCUCUAAACGGCAGCGCAACCGAUUCUUCCCCACUCGACACGAACGGGGGCUCGACCGAAUCCGACGCCGUCGUCCGCUGCACGUGGUCUCAAACUCGCUUCCUCGUGCAAAUAUGGACUCAGCCGUCGAAAAUGGGCUACACACUGCUCAAGUCCGGGAAUAGUUCACGCACGAGCACAACCACGGCAACAGCGACGGCUACUUCAUCUACUUCCUCGGCGACGUCAUCUUCGUCCGCGACGGAUUAUACAAGGCCUGGCUCGUUCCCGUAUCCGAUUAGUAUCACGCUUGAUCGGCACGGGGGCGCGGAGAAGAAGAAGUUGUUGUAUUGUUAUGGUGUGGAGAGUGAUCAGCAUUAUAAUGUUACGGAUCGGAAGUUGCAGCUUGAGGAUAGAGGGGUUGGGGGCACGUUGAUUAAUCCUGCGUCGGGGAUCUUUGAUGAUUUGGAGGGAGAGUCGAGUUCGAGUUCGAGUUCGAAUUCGACAUAUGGGGGCACUGAUGGGGGGACGGGGGGUUGUGCUUGUAGGUGGGCGAAUUGGGUUGCGAGGUCUUGA